CCGACAAGAAAGCAAACCCAAGCAAGCCAGCAAGCAACCAAGAAAUGGAAGCGCGGCGCGGUGACCGCCACCACAGCCAGGAACCCACGGUAGCCAGGGAUCCUCCAUCCGGUGAGGAGUCCGACGACGAGUUCGAGUUCUCCUUCGGGGCCCGGGAGCCUGCAGCCACGGGCGGCGCCGCGAUUCCCGGCGACGAGCUAGUCUACCCGGUGUUCGGCCGUGUCUUCGAAGACGCGCGCACAGCACCGCCGACGCCAGCCGACCGGACGCCGCUGAGGAGGCUGUUCCUCGAGGAGGCGCGCAACUCCUCCGUCGGCUCCAACUCCUCCACCUCCUCAUCCUACUCCUCGGCCGCCGCGGACCUCGACGGCGCGUCCCCGGACACCUACUGCGUCUGGACGCCCGGCGCGUCACCGGCGUCCUCGCCGGCCCGGUCGCCGCGGAAGAGCGGCUCCACGGGGUCCCUGUCGCGGUGGCGCCGCGUCAGCCAGCUCGUCGUUGGCCGCAGCAGCAGCGUCGGCAGGGACAAGUUCGGCUUCUUCUCCGCGCCGGCGUCGCCUGCCAGGGAGGUGCAGCCCAAGGCGAAGCCAGCAGCAAGCCCGGGCCGGAAGGGGAAGGCCGGCACCGAGGUCGGCACGGUCGCCGCCAGCCACCGGAUGUUCUACGGCGGCGCCAAGGCUUCCCCCGGCACGCCAAGGCGGACCUUCUUGCCGUACCGCCAGGAUCUCUUCGGCAUCUUCUCAGCGCCCAAGGGGCUCAGCCGGAGCCAGUUCCAGUACCAGCCGGCGAUCUGACUUCCUAGGAGACGCGUCGGCCGCCCCGCCGUGACCGUGAUGGCCCCAGUUUGAAUUCAGUGGAGCUGAAAUUUCCAAUCUUUGACACACACCGGAGCUUCCCGCAACUUCAUCUUCGUGAUUGGGAUUCAGCAAGUCAAAAACGAGGACGUGGUGGAGUCAAAGCAAGGGAAAUGUGGGGCUUCAUAUUUGGAUUCGGUAGGAGAUUCGGAGCGCUGCAAGUCAAUGCCAACGACAUGUGAGCGUGGUAGGACUGUAUAGGACACUAAAAUACACGGGCAAGCUCAGAAAAGUUUAUGCUGUACAUAUUGUCAUGUACGUAGUUACGGACGUA